AUGGCUCUGCUUCUCCUGGUUGGCAACUACUUGGUGUCUUUCGACCUGACGGCGAACCCAUUCAAGACCAGCUCAGGCGACGAUGCUACCUCGACCCUCCCGUCACCCAUCCAGAGCCGCACGAAAGUGGCCUCACAGGAUAGUUUAGACUGGUGGCGCCCAAACCCAAUCGAUCGCGUGUUACUUGCCUGGGUCCGGCGCAACAAAGGUCCGCGUCGAGAUGUUGAGGGUGCCUUCGUCAGUUGCAUCAUCGAUGUGAGCGACCUACAAACCUUCACUGGCAUCGCCAUCCUCACCAGCGGCUCCCUGUCACUACAAUGCGGCUCCGACGCCGACGCACCACCCCCCAUCUCGGCAUACCCCAUGGCCCCGACUUUUUUCUUCACCUGGCGUGGGGAGAACGAUGUGCCGGGGCGCAACAGCGGGGUCAACCCAUAUUCCCCGGCCAUCUGCUUCUUGGGCUUGCGGUAUGCGCUGUCCCAUUUCAGUCAAGGCUACAGCCUAUACACUUCCUCUACGUUCCUGGGUACCGUCUUUUCAGCAGGACUGUUGCUCUUUAGCUUCAUGAGCAGGACAGUGAAGCUCUUCAGGCCUCUUUCCCACUUCUUCAAUACCUCCCUUCGGCGCCUAAUCGGCGAUGUUGCGCGCCGCGCCGCUUCGCGAGUCCUGACAUGGACUCAGCCUUCAAACUCUCAAGGUGCGAGUUUUUAUCUUUGGAAGCAUUUCUGCUUGCGGUCAGUGACGGCGUUGUUCUUGGCAUCCCGCGUGAUCGCCAACCUGUUCGCGUCGCUCUUGUUCGAGGUAUGGUGA